GAGAGGUAGGGAGAGGGCGGGGGGAAGGAAGAGGAGGCGGGAUCCGGGAGCUGCGCUGGCUGCGGCCUGGCACGAAGGGGGCGGCCCUGGCGGAGCUGAGACCCAGCGGCCCCCGGUGACUAUGGACCCGGCCGAGGCGGUGCUGCAGGAGAAGGCGCUCAAGUUUAUGAUGAGGAAGCUGAGGUAUACAGAGGUCUGAUGAUUUGGCCACUCAGACUAUAAGUCUUGGAAGAUCAGAUUUGAACUCAAGUCUCUUUUUGACUCCCAAGCCCAGCACAUUUUUCAUUCCAAAGUUGCUCUAUGCCCAGGUCUCUGUGGCUGGGCUGCUCCAGCCUGGCGGACAGUAUGCCUUCGCUGCGAUGCCUGUAUAACCCAGGGACUGGCGCACUCACAGCUUUCCAGAGCCUCCCAAACACCGAGCUAGCUCUGGCAAUGUCUUUGUCAACUUCUUUAUCAAUGUGUAACAUCCCUGGAAACUAUCCUGCCAAGAAUUCCUCAGAGAGAGAAGACUGUAAUAAUGACGAGCCCCCUAGGAAGAUAAUACCAGAGAAGAAUUCACUUAGACAGACCUACAAUAGCUGUGCCAGACUCUGCUUAAACCAAGAAACUGUAUGUCUAGCAAGUACUGCUAUGAAGACUGAAAAUUGUGUGGCCAAAACAAAACUUGCCAAUGGCACCUCCAGCAUGAUUGUGCCCAAGCAAAGGAAACUCUCUGCAAGUUAUGAGAAAGAGAAGGAGUUAUGCGUCAAAUAUUUUGAACAGUGGUCAGAGUCUGACCAGGUAGAAUUUGUGGAACAUCUAAUAUCUCAGAUGUGUCACUACCAGCAUGGACACAUAAACUCAUACCUCAAACCCAUGCUACAAAGAGAUUUCAUAACUGCCUUGCCAGCUCGAGGUUUAGAUCACAUUGCUGAGAACAUUUUAUCAUAUCUGGAUGCCAAAUCACUGUGUGCCGCUGAGCUUGUGUGCAAGGAGUGGUAUCGAGUGACAUCGGAUGGAAUGUUAUGGAAGAAACUCAUUGAGAGAAUGGUCAGGACAGACUCUCUAUGGAGAGGCCUGGCAGAACGGAGAGGAUGGGGACAGUAUUUAUUCAAAAACAAACCUCCUGAUGGGAUUGCCCCUCCAAACUCUUUUUACAGAGCACUUUAUCCUAAAAUUAUACAGGACAUUGAGACAAUAGAAUCUAACUGGCGUUGUGGAAGACACAGUUUACAGAGAAUUCAUUGCCGGAGUGAAACUAGCAAAGGAGUUUACUGUUUACAAUAUGAUGAUCAGAAGAUAGUAAGUGGCCUUCGAGACAACACUAUCAAGAUCUGGGAUAAGAACACGCUGGAGUGCAAACGCAUCCUCACAGGACACACAGGAUCAGUCUUGUGCCUCCAGUACGACGAGAGAGUGAUCAUAACCGGGUCUUCUGAUUCCACCGUCAGAGUUUGGGAUGUAAAUACAGGUGAAAUGUUGAACACACUGAUUCACCAUUGUGAAGCAGUUCUUCAUUUGCGUUUCAAUAAUGGAAUGAUGGUGACAUGUUCCAAAGACCGUUCCAUUGCUGUAUGGGAUAUGGCCUCCCCCACUGACAUCACCCUGCGAAGGGUGCUGGUAGGACAUCGAGCUGCUGUUAAUGUUGUAGACUUUGAUGACAAGUACAUCGUCUCUGCAUCAGGAGACAGGACUAUAAAGGUAUGGAACACGAGUACUUGUGAAUUUGUUAGGACCUUAAAUGGCCACAAGCGAGGUAUUGCCUGUCUGCAAUACAGAGAUAGGCUAGUAGUGAGCGGCUCAUCUGACAAUACUAUCAGGUUGUGGGACAUAGAAUGUGGAGCAUGUUUACGAGUGCUAGAGGGCCAUGAGGAACUGGUGCGCUGUAUUCGAUUUGAUAACAAGAGGAUAGUCAGUGGGGCCUAUGAUGGGAAAAUUAAAGUAUGGGAUCUUGUAGCUGCUCUGGACCCCCGUGCUCCUGCAGGAACUCUGUGUCUGCGAACCCUUGUGGAGCAUUCAGGAAGAGUUUUCCGACUCCAGUUUGAUGAAUUCCAGAUCGUCAGUAGUUCACAUGAUGACACAAUCCUCAUCUGGGAUUUCCUAAAUGACCCAGCUGCCCCAGCUGAACCACCUCGAUCCCCUUCUCGCACAUACACCUACGUCUCCAGAUAAAAUAAUCAUACAUUGACCUCACACUUGCACAGGACUCAUUAAAGUUGCGGUAUUUAAUGUAUCUGCCAAUGCCAAGACAAGCAACAACAAAAUCAACUAUCCAGUUAUCUAGGAUUAGCUGAGAAGUGGGGCUUUCAGACUCAUGUUUGAACAGAGUUGGCCUGCAGUCGACCCAGGAUGGUCUGCUCAGCACAGCUGGACUGCUAAAGUGCUGCUAUCAGAAGAUGUCUUUUAUCUUUGGUGAAUGAGUGGAACUUUUAAAACUCACCCCUUCCCUGUUCCUUCCUCUUUUUCCCACUGCACCUGUUUUCCCCCUCUUUGGUUGCAGGCACAGAUGACCUAUAAAUAUAUUUAGUGUUUUGCCAGAAUCUCUGUUGCUUUGCUGUUAAGCAGAAGAAUCAGUUCUGAGGGACAGGAGGAGGAUGCUUUGAGCUAGAAAGCUCAGCACCUUCUGCAGACUUUUUAGCUUUGGGAGCAUCCAGUACGUGACUGAAAACCACCAUUAAUGAAGAAGAGGCGAAAGUUUUCGAAUGUCUUCUGGAGUUGUUCUGAGUGAAAGGGUGUAUGUAUGUGUGUGUGAUAUUUUUGUGGUUUAUUACCACUGGCGUAUCUGGUACAUUGAUCCAGCAUCUUUGUUUCCUUCUUUCUCCCCUCCCUCUUCUCAGUUCUAUAACCACUUAGAAAGAAGAUAUAUGAAUAUCCUCAGCAUGCUUGAGGUAAAUCAACUAGAAGACACUACACUUAAAAGGGUUAAAAAAUUGUUUAGAUGAAGUGGCCAGGCCAAGAUUUUGCUUCAGGUUAUCCCAGUAGGUGAGUCUUUAGUGGAUACUGAGCUUGUAAAAGUGGUACAUAGGAACUAGCACCUCUCACCUCUUUCCCCCCUCCUUCCUCCCCCCCCCCCAAAAAAAAAAAAAACAGGAAUAUGCCAGCCCCCUAUCCUUGUCUGCCUUUUUAUUUUUUUUUUCCUCCUGGACACAGCAGUCUUCCUGAUUCCAUGUAGAGCAUUGGAAGGAGGAACUGAUUACAUUUCCUCUCAUUAACAAUUAGAUGUGUAAUAAAAGCAAUUGUACUUCAUCUUAAAUCCCUCAGAAUACAAAAAAAAAGGUUUGGAGUGACCAGGGCCAAUCCCUUGGGUGCAUUCAGCAUAACAGCUUACUUAUGAUGCUGAGCAUUCAAGUGGUAACAUCUUUCCUGCAAUUGUGAACCAAAUAGUUGAAGAAAUAGUCAAAAGUGAAAAAUGAUCAGAAUUGCUUUGGGGCCAGUAAAUACCAUCUCCCCCCAGAUAAAAUCUAAUCACUUUAACUUUGUAUUGCAGAAUCUGCCUGCACUCUUUUUUAAACCAUGUAUUCGCACAUAGGGUUAAGCUACCAUCAAAGAAGCUGAAAUUUGGGAAACAAAUUUCAACUAAUUGAGAUGGAGAUUGUAGUAGCCAUUUUUCCUUCUUUUCUUUUUCUUUCCCUUCUUACCCCUAACUUACCCAAAUUUCUCAGGCAAUUAGUUGGUAAUGAAAGUGAAUGACCCUCAUUGGUGUCCAGAUUAAAUAGCUGCCUAGAAAGCAGCCAUGUUGGAAUCACACACAUUGAUCAUGUUUCAUGUGACUCUCCACAGGCUUAGUGAGGACACUGGGAAUCACAGAAGUUUACUCUACAUGCUCCCAGACCCCAUAAUAUGGAAUGCGUGAACUUGCAUGAAUCAUCAAACUAGGCUCAGAACAAGUAGGCGAGCCAAGGCCCUACCAUCACGUAUACCCCUUCUCAAGCUUCUCGCGGAAGCUUGGCAAAUCCGUCUAACAAAUCAAAACAGCUUCUCAGGCAGCACUGAUAGCCUGAAAGUCAGGCAGAAUUAGAAGACUAUUCCAGGUCUGUUUGAGCUAGGUUGCUGUCAGAUAGGAGGGUGUCUAGCCUAUUCUCAGAAGGCAUGUCCAAAUGUGGCCUGAACAGAUUCUGAGGAUUGAGUAUUGAUAGAAAAUUGGAUACACGUGUACAUGCUUUUCCUUCCUUGAUAUAAUCAGCGCACUUAACAUUUGUAAUCCAGGUCAUAUAAAGAAAAAAUAAUUCUCUAGCACAGUGACUAACCCUCUUACUCACAAAUGCUGCAAAGAUUGAUUUCCUAAUCAGUCAUUGUUAGGGUCCCUUGUUGGGGUAUCUGCUAUUUACUGCAAUUUUCACUUAAUUGAUCUUUACUCUUGAAUUUAGGAUUUUGCUGCAGGUGAAAGAGAGGUAUCAGCUCCGAAAUGCAUAUAUUUCAAAUACUGAAAUAAAGAGAUGUGGACUUGUAGCUAUUGCAAAGGUAGCAUAAAAUAGCCAUAACUCUAUUAGCCUUCUGCUGUAUGCUGCUCUUUAAUCCAGGGGAGAUAAUGGGUCAUAAUUGGUAUUAGAGACUUAACUCUAACCCCAGAUCCUUUUUGAAGGUAUGUUGUUUUCAACACUUAUUUCAAAGCCUAUUUGGUGUACACCAUAAAGAAUCUUCUAGCUUUUAAUGAAAUUGAGCAUGGAUUUGACAACUUCAGAGCUGUUAGCUCAGAGGAGGACAUCAACUCUCUGUUGAUGAUGGAAAAGGAAAUGAAGUUAAGUGGCCUGAAAAACUUGAAUCUCACGUUUCUGAGCUUUGGGGGUCAUUUACCAGUGCAUUGUAGAAGAAAUAAUCAGGUAAGUAGAAGUUCAUUUCCAGAGAAGGUAAACCCCACUUACCAUCUCUGCAUGAUUUCAACCAGGAAUUGAUUUUCACUAAUCCCCAACUGGGCUAGAAUAAACAUAGGGUCUGACCUUUUUAAAAAGAAAAGAGAAAAAGAACAAAGAAAGUCUCUUAACCUGUUAAAAGGAAAGAUGGGAAAGUAGCUGAAAUAGAUUGAAAUACCUCCAUUACAGAUGUCUUCUCAAAAAUAUGUAGGACACUAGUAUUUAACACUUUCUAAAAUUUCAAAUUUUAGAAAAUUCCUUCUGAUGAAGAUGGAGUGAGACUCACUGAACAAGAGAAGCGUGUGCAUGUUUGCACAUGUGCAGCACACCCAUUCUCUUAACACAGCCUGAACUGCCUGGACAAAGGUCUAUAAUAUGCCUUGCUAUAAACAUGCAUAAUUUCAAUGCUAAAAGAACUUUUUACUUACAAGUAUGCAAAUUAAAAAUGGAUUUGAAGGAAUUGUGAAAGGGAAACCUAUUAUGCAGCUUUCCCUUGGCAAAAUUCUUUUACCUAAAAUCCUUACAUUCCAGGAGACUCUAAACUGAAACAGUGGCGUGUAUUAAUGUCUAUGGUUGUCAUAAAUGUAAAGACCUUUAACCUUUUGCUGAAGAGAAUCUGUGACUACUCCAUGUUGGUCCCCUGCUUGUUUGAAAACAAAUUUCAUCUUUUGAUUUGGUAUAGCCAGAAGCUGAAGAUGAAGGAAAUAAAUUUCUCUCUCCCA